AUGGAGGAGGAGAAUGAUCAGUGUCAGCGGGGCAGUCUGUUCACUCUGUUCCUGUACAGCCCGCUGCUGGCCUUCUCCUCGGUGUGCGGCCUGAGCAGUGUGCACCGCGGCCUCUGGGAGAGGGCGCAGGAAUUUCUGCAUAAAGUCUACCAUGACAUCGGGCAAAUGAUAACUCGAUCACGGACUAUAGAUCAAGCCUUUUUGCAAUUCUUUGGUGACGAGUUCCUCCGGCUGCUCCUGAUCCGCUUUGUGUUCUGCUCCGCUGCUCUGAGGCUGCAUAAACUCUUCCGGAGCAAGACACACAACUGCCGUUUGGUGUACAUCAAGACGGGCUCUUUCAUGCAUGACGUAUCCAGCGAUACACUGCAGACCGAUUUUGUGUGA